AUGAAGCAGUUGAACGAGAAUUUGGGGGAGAUAGUGUGGCAGUUUUUGGAUGUGGUCAAAACCUGCGACAACAUAGUCUUUGAGGUUGUUUCGCAGCACGUGUUUGAUUCAAUUGGCGAUGCUGGCGAAGGCACUCGUUCCCACAGCAUCUUUGGGAUUAUCGCAGAAAACGAUACAGCAAUAGGGAUAUAUCUCUCAAAACCAGUCUAUUUGCUGAUAUUCAAACAGUCCCAUGAUAGAUUCAACCAGUAUUUAGCUGAGAAAAGGCUGCAGAGGGAAAACAGUGCUGCUGCUGGUUCUGUUCUUAGUGCUGGUCCAUUGGGUGAAUCUGUUCAAGACGAGUUGCUCUUGACUGAUGAUGUCUUCUAUGCUACAAUUGGCUUGAUGCUAACCACCUAUGAAUACCAUACAUGUCUAAAUGUUCACGAAUUGAUGCUCAAGAAAUACAUCAAGAAACAUCUUAAUGACAAGAACUAUCUCAGCAUCAUCACUCUAUUGGUUAAAGAGCUAAAUUUACUAAGAUUGCUACUUAAUUCAAAACUUUCAAAUAUUAACAAAUCUUCAAGCCUUUGGUUGUUUCUCAAAAAAUUAUACAUUUUGCUCUAUAAUUUUGAUUCAAACUACUUGAAUUAUCCAUUUAUAAUCGAAUUGAUUCUACAAUCUUGCCGAGUGCAUCCAUACAAUUAUUACGCUUGGUCCUUUACAAAAUGGCUAAUUAAUUUCCUUUACUACAAUAAUGACCAGAAAUUAUUAUCUUUAUUUUAUACAAAAUUUAACAAAUUCUCUCAUUCCCAUAUUAAUGAUAACAGUUCUUGGUCAGUCUUGUAUGAUUUGAUAAUACCUCCCAAAAGUUCAGUCGUAUUGUUCACAAUAACUGAAUAUAACUCAAUCUUAGCUUCCUAUAAUCUAAACUCAGACGUAUUUUCGUUCCCUUUAUUGCCUCAAAAUUAUAACUAUCGCAAUUCUUUGAAUUUUCAACUAUCAUAUCAAAGAAUCUUUCAUGAGCAAAUAACUUGGUUAGAAACUUUUAAUUUCAAUACUUUUAUUGUUUGGAAUUUUAUUAAAAAUGUAUUAAUUAAUUUUGAAAAAAUUUACUUAAACCCACAACAACUAAUUAAGGAUAAAGAUAAAAUUGUUCAUCUAUUACAAAUCCAACCUCAGUACCAAGUUAAAUUCCCAAACAACAAAGAAAUAAUCCAAGCAACAAAGGAUUUAUCUGAUUUCUGGUCAAAAAUUAAAGAUUCUCUAAAAACCUUUGAAUCAAAAAAUCAAAUUGAAAUAAUCAUUAAAAAUGGUUACUCCACUAAUUCAAUUGAUCCAAAUACCCUGAACAAUCCAAAGAAAUAUCAAAAUUACAUAUAUCAAGAAGAUUUGAAAAAAUUUUCCAAUAUUAAAAAAAUUUUGAUUUGGAAAGAAAAAUUUCUAGAAUAG